CUAACAUCGCCACCAUAUAAUGAGGACAUUUCCUCAUUAGGAACUUUAAUGAAAAUUUGGUUACUCAUUAAUGACAUUAUAUGGUUUUAGAAAAAUGUCAUUUCAAUUAGUUUUUGUACAAAGGCAUUCCAUGCACAUUGUGAUGCGCUGUGCCUUGUGUUAUUGCCGCUAUAUCAGAUGACUUAAAAUUGCCAAGCAAGACUUUAAAAAGACAGUUCAAGCUGACAGGUUGUUCCAGUUUGAUUUGCUUCAAGAGAGCUCAGCAACCAUGAGGACAAUUUUGGCCAGCAUUCUGGUCAGUACAUGCUUGCAGACUCUCUCGGGAGUUAUCGUGGUUCGGCUGGGGGCCCAUGACUUUCUUUUGGAUGAUGUGAUCCGCCUGAAGGAGGUGAUGGAUGACGAGAUCUUUGAGAGACCACGUUUUACCUACAUGGGCACCCGGUCAUUCUGCAAUAACACAAACCUCCCCGAACCGUUUAGGCCAAUCUGCAGCAAGGGAGACGCUCCCCAGGUCUUCUACACACUGAGGCAGAUUGCUACAAACCCUUACCCUUGCACCAUCUGUGCCUUCAUUGCUUGCAUUGGCUGCAGCUAACUUCAAUUAUGGACAUUAAUAUCAUGUGUAAAAUAUCCAUCCUUUUAAUAUUCUCCUAUCCAUUCAACUGCGGAGUUCACCAGGAAGGAAGGAAGAAAAUUUGUUUUACAUGUGAUCAAUAAGACAGAUAAAUCGGGAACAUCUUGUUCAAAACUUCCGCUGCCUUCAAAGCUUAAAUCCUGCAGUAGAGAAGAUGAUUGCCUUCGGCUGCUGAAUAUAAUUAGUAAUGAUCGGCUUUGAACUUAAUCACAAAAAUUUGCAUCUCCACUUUCUGAAUAUGACCGGCAAGGAUUCCUUCCUUCAGUGCAGUCUUGUUGCCAACAUCCAGUCCAAUGAUUCUACCAGAUUUAAGUUGUCAGAGCUGAGCAAGAUGGGAACCAACAAGCCAAUGGUCCAAUUAGUGAUCUGUGCAAAAGAGUCACCCUUGGAUUUUUAGUUAAUGCACUGUUUAGAUGAUUUUACUUUAUGUCACCAAUGUGUGGGUCAACUUUCCCUGUGUCCGAAUUAAACACAUCUUAUGAACAGAGCCAGCUGCAGAUUUUUCAUAGCAUGUAUCAUUCACAAUGGACGGGGUAACAAGCUACCAACUCCACAUCGAGAAUACAGUUUUGAGUAGAGUACAGGAACACUCAUUUAGUUAGUGAAGUAUCACAAAUGGGGUUUUAGAUGGGGUUAAAAGUUAAUGCUCCCUGUAUCAACGGGAUUCUAUGAAUGGGACCAAAAUGACACAACCUGAUUGAUGUUACUUAGGACCCCAUGUAUUUUUCUGGAUUAUCCUGAAUUGAUCUAGGCUGUAGAGCAGUGCCUAUGUACACAAGGACUCACACCGUCCUUCCUUGAACAAAAUCAGGUGAAUAUUUCUACUUCCUGCUUCAGAAUACACAUUCAGUGUGAGGUUUUGGUUCCUGAACUCAAUUUCAGUUAGAUUAAACAUAAGGUUUAGAAUGUAAGCUAUUUCAGCUCUGUGGGGAUUAUACAAAUGCAGGUCACAUUCUGGCUGCUGGUUUCGACGAUCCUGGGUUCAAAUCUAGAAACAAGACCACAAAUUGGGCUGAUGGUGAUGCUUUACUGUAGGUAGAUCUGCCUGAAGGUCCCCACCUCUGGUGGUCUCGCAGUGGAGUUUGCAAACUCCCCCUGUGGCCACUCGCAGGUUAAUUGACCACUGAAAACUGUCCCUUGUAUGGCAAAGAAUCAAAAGGAAAUCAGUGGGCAUUGGAGAGGGAAAUCUUUGCAUGGAAAUAAGAAGAGAUGGGAGUGGGAUUGGUGGGAUUGCUCUGUGGAAGAUGGAAUGGAACUGAUGGGCUAAAUGGACCCAAGGACACUAUUUCAUGCGGUAUAAAUCUAUGGCUCAAUGACUAUCUGUCUUAACAGUUUAGGCUUUGAGAACCAGGUGUUUGCCAGACAUUGAGGGCAUGGUAGAGGGUGAUAGGAAACUGAGCACCGAGUGUGGGGAGAUUGGAAAUAGAUUAGGGAACUGAAGUGUGCAAAAUGACAAAUCACAUUGGUGUGGAAUGCAGAGGGGCAAUUGGGGAAAUUGAGGGAAAAGAGAGGGCUAAUAAGUAGAUUGUUUAGACGUACAUCUAUGUACUUCACAUCACUCAAAGGAACAUUCUUCAGAACACGAUGUGAAUUGUUAACAAUCUCUGGAUGUCUGUAGUGACUUUGAACCUCAGCAUCACUUUUCAUCAGGGUAGCCAGAAUUACAUACGGUUGAAAUUCAAAUGCCAGUGUCCGGAACAGACACGAUGGAUCGAAUGCCCUGCAUCAGUAUUUACCACUUUAACACAUUAACAAGAAUCCCCGAAAACUCACGGAGUUCAUUGAAAAAUUAGACUCUACUGCAUCCAAACGGUAAACAUGAAGAGAUGACCAUUGGCCAAACUCAGUCGAGACACGACCCUGCUCUUGUCCUAAUCUAUUUCACUGUGAUUUUCAUUUGAAACCAUAAUGUAGGUUUAACGUACACUGUGCUCUAAUAUACAGGUCUGUUCACAUCAGUCUACAUGUCCACACAUUAGUCAGUAUCCAGGACUUGAUAGAGGGCCAUGUAUAGGUCUGUGUGCAUGGGUCCAUGUACAGGUUCGUGUACGUAUCUGUGUGCAGGCCUGUAUACCUGCAUCCAUGUACAGGUGCAUCUACAGGUCUAUGUUCUGAGGUCCAUGUACAAGUCUGUACACAGGUCCACGUUCAGGCCAAUGACUGUUGCUGGUAGUGACACACCUAUGUGCAUGUCCAAGAUUCUCUUUAUACCUGCGGUUAUAUCAUGUAAUGACAGUCUCAAUUUGUCCUGUUGAAAUUAAUAAAUCAAAUAAAGUAAUUCUAAGGGUGUUUUAUGUUUUAUUAAAUGGUUCAAUUAAUGCCAGCUGAGUAUUUACAGGUACUCAGAGCUGGAGCAGUGACUGGGGUGAGCUGGACACUCCUCAAAUAUACAACGUAACUCUCUCUGCAUUAGAGCAUCCUACAAUUCAAUAAUUCCAUUCUCGCACAAAUAGCUUAUUUGCAGUAACUAACAUGCAGAAUGCAGGGCAUGCUCAGCAUAUCUUGAAAGUCAAAAGUUGAAAGUCAGGCUCAGGCAACAUCUAUGGAGAGAGGAAUGUAAGUUAUCGUUUCAAGUCCAGAACUGUGGAAAUUUAGAAAACAGACAUGCUGGAGGAGCGAGGCAAUGGAACAAGUUUGUCCCUGGUUUGGGGGAGAAGAAGGAAACACCGAUUAAUGUCAUUCAGGGGAGGCUAUUGAAGGGUUCCCAAUAGCAGGAGGUGGAAAUAGAGAGGGAUCUGAAUGAAGAGAAUUUAAUAAACUGCUGGAAGUGUGAGAUCAGACACAAAGCUGCCGCACUCCUGAAUUACCUGUGAACACCCAGCAGUUCAGCAGUGAACGGAGAAAGGAGAAUCUAACUUACUCCAGAAUAGUAUCAGCAAAGAACCGCAGAUUCCGCUUACUACAUGAAAUAUCACAAAGUGCUGGGGGAACUCAGCAGGCAGCAUCUCUGGAGAACACGGAUAGGCGACCUUUCUAUCGUUCAAUAUUUUACUCAUGGUCCCUAACCUCUAAGUUCAGAGACAUAGGAAGCUUGCUGAAUGUAUUGGGUUGCAGGGACAAUUUGACAGCUUCUCCAGGGGCUAAAUCAGUGACCAAUGCAAAUGAAUGUUCAAUGGGACAGGGCCUAAGGGAAGGCCACAUCGACAUUGGUGUAAAACUGCAGUCUGAAGGGCAAGGAAAAUGUGGCAAAUUAUCGUUCGAUUUUUGUAAUAUAGUUUAGUUUAUAGGUUCAGCAUGGAAAUAGGUCCUUAGGCCCCACCAAGUCCAUGCCAUCUAUCAAUCACACUAGUUCCAUGUUAUCCCACACUCAUCUUCACGGUGGAAGUUUUACAACAGCCAAUUAACUUACAAACACACACAUCUUUGGGAUGUGAGAAGAAAUCAGAGCACCCAGAGGAAACCCAUGCAGUCACAGGGAGAACAUGCAAACUCCAUAUAGACAGCACCCAAUGUCAUGAUGGAACCCGAUUUUGUGGUGCUGUGAGAUUGCAGCUCUACCUGCUGUGCCAUCGUGCCACCCAAAAUAACAUAAGGAUGUUUUCUAUUGAGAAUACAAGAAGUAGAAAAGGCUGCUGGCUUUCACCUUCACGUCUAGUUGACUGCAGCAAAUUUAAUAUUUUGCCCUGUUGUCAUUAACAGUACAGGCAAGUUAUCAAAGAUAGACACAAAAAGCUGGAGUAACUCAGCGGGACAGGCAGCAUCUCUGGAGAGAAGGAAUGGGUGACGUUUCGGGUCGAAACCCUUAUGAGGGGAGGAGAGGUGGUUGCAGUGAUAGGUUGAAUUAUUGGAGUAUAUGAUCAUGAAAAAAAUGACAAAGGAGGCCAUCCUGCCCCAUUAUGUCUCCUUCCAGCUCAGGGCCCAUAGUCCUGUAAUUUACAAUUACUUAAAAUACAUGUCCAAAUACUAAUUAUCUGUGAUGAAGGUUUAUUCCUCCACAUCUCUUUCAGAAGAGAGAACGCCACACCAUACUACCCUCUCAUCCUUUGACAAAUGACACUGAGUUAAGUCCGCAGACUCCUGCUCCACACAAAAUAACACACUUUCCUCAUUGCUACAAUUUUCAGAUCCAAUUUCUUUUACUCUCCAAUUAAUUUCCUGGGCUUCCAUUUUUUUACCUACUGUAUCUUGUGGACUGUUGUCAAAAGCCACGCUACAAUGCAUGUAGACUGUCAAAUGUAUUGACCUUUUCAAAAGUUCCCAAAACAUUUAAGUUAGUAAAAUAGUUCACCUCCAUUAAUGGGUGCACGUUGAUGCUCUCUGAUCAAUCCAUGCCUUUAUAAAUCUUCCCACUAUCAAUGUUGAUCUGAUUAGCAAAAAGAAGAGGAAAAAUACAAAACGCUGGAGUAACUCAGCGGGUCAAGCACCAUCCCUGGAGAACAUGGAUACGUGCUAUUUUGGGUCAGGUCUCUUCUUCACACUGGUUGGAAUAACUUGUUCAUACAGAAGGGUUGUUGGUGCCUGGAACACACUGCCUGCGCUGGUUGGGGAGGCAGAUCCGAUUAUGGCAUUUAAGAGGCUUUUAGAUAGGCACAUGGGUAUGUAGGAAAUGGAAGUAUAUAGAACAUGUGCAAGCAGAUGGCAUUAGUUUAACUAGGCAUCGUUUUCAGCAUGGACAUUAUGGGCUGAAGGGCCUGUUCCUGUGCUGUGUUGUUCUAUAUGCAGGAAAGAACUGCAGAUGCUGAUUUAAAUCGAAGGUCAACACAAAAUGCUGGAGUAACUCAGCGGGACAGGCGGCAUCUCUGGAGAGAAGGAAUGGGUGACGUCUCGGGUCGAGACCCUUCCUCAGACUGUUGUCGGGGAGUGGGUGAUAUAGAGAUAAAAUGUAGUCGGAUGGGAGAACUGGGAAGGGGGAGGGGAUGGAGAGAGAGGGAAAGCAAGGGCUACUUGA